CUGUUUCAAUCCAUCAAAACUAUACUUGAAAGAAUAUCUUACUUUAUGAAUUCUUAAUCAUGGCUGAGGCCAGCAGAUUAGAUCUAAAUCUAGAAGCAUCAGGGGAGAUAAACAGUGUUAUGUUUAUAUACAUUUUUGAAGUAAGCAGAAGCUCAAAAGGAAAGACUCAGGAGAGAUGGGAAGUGUGGCAGACACUACAAAAAAAAAUGGGUGUGAUAAAAGGCUUGUAUUUUUGAGAAAUGAAGAGAACAUUUUAUUACUCCAUACUGAAUCUCCAAGUAUUGAUCUUGCUUUGUUUUCCUAAAGCAGCAAUUCAGUGCAGGGUAUUACAGGUUUGAUAGAAGGGCAAAACAUUAGUGGAAUAGCCUUCAGGUUUAUUGAUGCAUUAAAAAGAAAUCAGCAGCAUGACUUACUGCGUUUUUUGUCAGUUGCUUUCUCUAUCUUUUUAUUGCUGAUUUGACAGUCUCUGGUCCUUCUCCUUUGCUGUUAAAUCUGUGUGCCCUUUGUUUGCGCUGAUGGGUUUUGCUACAUUUGGCUGUGAGAGAAAAGCCUGUCAUUGCCAUACAGGUCUAAUUAGCCUUCUGGGUGAGUAUAUACAUUAAACAGACCUUCUGAGCCAUGAAAGAAAAGAGUUCACAACAGCGAAGAUUUUCUUUAUGUACUGGGGUUUCGCCUGUUUUAUUUCCUCCACGAAUUGAUGAUGGCCGAAAGCUUGUCCGGAAUGCUUCAUUUGGAGGAUACAGUGAACUUUCUCCUUCAUUGACAGGUUUUGAAAGAGGGAAGGAAGAUGCUUCUCAAAAUAAAGAUGAAUCUUCACUUUCUAUGUCAAAGAGCAAGUCUGAAUCUAAACUUUAUAAUGGCUCAGAGAAGGACAGUUCAACUUCAAGCAAGCUCACAAAAAAAGAAUCACUUAAGGUGCAGAAGAAAAAUUACCGAGAAGAAAAGAAAAGAGCCACAAAAGAGUUACUCAGCACAAUCACAGAUCCUUCUGUUAUUGUUAUGGCUGAUUGGUUGAAGAUUCGUGGUACUCUAAAGAGCUGGACCAAGUUGUGGUGUGUGUUGAAACCUGGGGUGCUACUGAUCUAUAAAACCCAAAAAAAUGGUCAGUGGGUAGGAACAGUCCUACUGAAUGCCUGUGAAAUCAUUGAGCGUCCGUCAAAAAAGGAUGGCUUUUGUUUCAAAUUGUUCCAUCCUUUGGAGCAGUCUAUUUGGGCAGUGAAGGGUCCGAAAGGUGAAGCAGUUGGAUCCAUAACUCAGCCCUUACCUAGCAGUUACUUGAUCAUCCGAGCUACUUCAGAGUCAGAUGGCAGGUGCUGGAUGGAUGCUUUGGAGUUGGCUUUGAAAUGUUCUAGUCUUCUUAAACGUACAAUGAUCAGGGAAGGUAAAGAACAUGACCCGAGCAUUUCAUCAGAGAGCACACAUGUGACUUUGUAUGGCUUAUUACGUGCUAACAAUCUCCACAGUGGUGACAAUUUCCAGCUAAAUGAUAGUGAAAUUGAACGACAGCAUUUUAAGGACCAAGAUAUGUAUUCUGAUAAAUCUGAUAAAGAAAAUGAUCAGGAGCAUGAUGAGUCUGACAAUGAGGUGAUGGGGAAAAGUGAAGAAAGUGACACAGAUACGUCAGAAAGGCAGGAUGAUUCAUAUAUUGAACCUGAGCCUAUUGAGCCUUUAAAGGAGACUACCUACACUGAACAGAGCCAUGAAGAACUUGGAGAGGCAGGUGAGGCUUCUCAAACAGAAACUGUGUCUGAAGAAAACAAAAGUCUUAUCUGGACACUGCUGAAACAAGUCCGUCCUGGCAUGGACCUGUCCAGGGUGGUUCUGCCUACAUUCAUAUUGGAACCUCGUUCUUUCCUGGAUAAACUUUCAGAUUACUACUAUCAUGCAGAUUUCCUGUCUGAGGCUGCUCUUGAAGAAAAUCCUUAUUUCCGUUUGAAGAAAGUAGUGAAAUGGUAUUUGUCAGGAUUCUAUAAAAAGCCAAAGGGACUGAAGAAACCAUAUAAUCCUAUACUUGGUGAGACUUUCCGUUGUUUAUGGAUCCAUCCUAGAACAAACAGCAAAACUUUUUAUAUUGCUGAACAGGUAUCCCAUCAUCCACCAAUAUCUGCUUUUUAUGUUAGUAAUCGAAAGGAUGGAUUUUGCCUUAGUGGUAGUAUCCUGGCUAAGUCUAAGUUCUAUGGAAACUCAUUAUCUGCAAUAUUAGAGGGAGAAGCACGGUUAACUUUCUUGAAUAGAGGAGAAGAUUAUGUAAUGACAAUGCCAUAUGCUCAUUGUAAAGGAAUUCUUUAUGGCACAAUGACACUGGAGCUUGGAGGAACAGUCAAUAUUACAUGUCAAAAAACUGGAUACAGUGCAAUACUUGAAUUCAAACUGAAGCCAUUUCUAGGUAGUAGUGAUUGUGUUAAUCAAAUAUCAGGGAAACUUAAAUUGGGAAAAGAAGUCCUAGCUACUUUGGAUGGCCAUUGGGAUAGUGAAGUUUUUAUUAAUGACAAAAAGACUGAUAAUUCCGAGGUUUUCUGGAACCCAACACCUGACAUUAAGCAAUGGAGAUUAAUAAGGCACACUGUAAAAUUUGAAGAACAGGGAGAUUUUGAAUCAGAGAAGCUCUGGCAGCGGGUAACCCGAGCCAUAAAUGCCAAAGACCAAACAGAAGCUACUCAAGAAAAAUAUGUUUUAGAAGAAGCUCAAAGACAAGCUGCCAGAGAUCGAAAAACAAAAAGUGAAGAGUGGGCUUGCAAGUUAUUUGAACUUGAUCUACUUACAGGAGAAUGGCAUUACAAGUUUGCAGAUACCCGACCAUGGGACCCCCUUAAUGAUAUGAUACAGUUUGAAAAAGAUGGUGUUAUCCAGACCAAAGUGAAACAUCGCACUCCGAUGGUUAGUGUCCCAAAAAUUAAACGUAAGCCAACCAGGCAACAGAAGAAAAUGGCAAAAGGCUAUUCCUCUCCAGAACCUGAUAUCCAGGACUCAUCUGGAAGUGAAGCCCAAUCAGUGAAACCAAGUACAAGAAGAAAGAAAGGGAUAGAACUGGUAGACAUCCAAAGUUCCAUCGAAUCUAUAAAACAAACACAGGAAGAAAUUAGAAGAAACAUUAUGGCUCUUCGAAAUCAUUUAGUUGCAAGCCCACCUGCCACGGAUUAUUUUCUGCAACAGAAAGACUACUUCAUCAUUUUCCUCCUGAUACUGCUUCAAGUAAUAAUAAACUUCAUGUUUAAGUAGAAGUUCUUUAGAGUUGAAUCAGUGAACUGGAUUGAUCACAUUUGGUCUGGGACCAAUGUUCAAAUGGUUUGGUCUUUAUUAAAACAUCAAAAUAUUUCUAAAACAAAGAGAAAAAUUUAGAGGUGUUGAACUUUCAUACCUUUUAUUCUUAAUCUGAAAUAAGAGCUGUCCUAUUUGGCUAUUUAAAGUGAGCUAUAUGCUAAGUGCCAGAACAUUUCUAGCUUUUGUGAGUGUUCGUUACAUGUGAAUAUCAUCAAUCCACAUGUAUUCCCAGUUGUCUCUUAUGUACUCUUAUCUGUCUUUGUCUUCUAUAGUAUGUUCUGAGAUAUAUCGUUAAACAUUGUUCAUAAAAAGAUACUAUCAAUCUUAUAAAUAUAUGUAUAAUUAUUUUCUUCAUAAAACAGGCACAAAACUUUUAUCAAUAAGGAAUUACAGAAUGGGAAAUGAUAGAGUAAUAUACAUAUUAUAAACAAUUCAAUGCCCUGUACUGUUAAAAAGGAAAUUAUUGCCAAAGCACCGCCUAAAUUGUCUUCUUAGAAACUGCAAGAAAAGAAGUAUGAAUGGUCAAAAUUGAUACACUAAGAAAGAUAAGUGGCAAAGUGCUGUUUAAAAAGCUUACAUAAGAUUUUUCUUUGGACCCUUAGAAUUUAAUAUAAUAUUUAUACACACAGGUAUAUAUGUAUGUAUGUGUAUAUCACUAUAAAAAUUGGUAUGCAGCUACUUGGAUCUAUUGACUAUAUUAUUGAUUAUAUCUUUCUCAUAUGAUACCACCUUAAGCACUUGCUGAAAAAAGUGUGCUCAAAUUAAUUGCUAUCCUCUUUUUCUUAUUUUUGCUUUUUAAUUCAGCUGGUCCAUAACAUAUGACAAAUUCUAGAGAUAUUUAUAAGACAUAUGAAAUGCUGAUAAUUCAUGUAUUUUCAUGAACAGCUUUUAGCUUUCAUUUAGACCUUUGUGUGUGUUCAGUGGAUAAGUAGAAUAGAAAAAAAUUAUAACCAAUAUUUCACUUCAAAAGCCAGAAAGAAAGGCUAUUAAGAAAGACCAGUUGUUCUGGGUAGUGGCAUUUAUGUGUACAUUAAAAUUGAUUUCUUUUAAAUGUGCAAUAAGUUAAGCAAAUAAGAACAUCAAGUUCUGAGUUUAAUUCUUUAUUAUCCCUAUUCUUAAUAACUUCAUUCUGUGGCAAAACCACAGUUUUUCAAGAUUCCUUUUGUUCAGGCUCAGGCAACUUUUUUCUAAGUUUUUUUUUCUUCAGUUUAAUAUUUUCACUGUGUUUUUGCAUAAAUUUUUAUAGUCCUCAAAAGCAAUUUUUGCAAAUGUUGUUAAGUUUAGGACUAUGUUGUCCUAAGAUAUAUCUUAUAACCCUGAGGGUAUAGAUUUUGAAAUGGUUAUUAAUGAAGGUUAGAUAGAGAAUAUUUACCUUUGACAAAGAAGAGACUUUGAGAAACUAGUAAAAAUUUCAGUCAACUGUUUAUGCCAUGGUAAAUAUAAAAUCAAGGGAUAAUUGCUAAAUUAUGAAAAUUAACCCUAGUAAAAAGAGCCUACUUUUUUUUUUUUUAACCAAUGUAGCUAUCUUAAGUAUACAACUUAUGUGAUCCUUAGGUUUUAUGAAGAGACAUUUCCCAGGUAUUAUUGGUAAAACAAUGUGGUAUUCCAUGUAUACAUGUGAAAAAAAAAAUUUAAGUUGAUUAAAGCAUAAAUAGGAUGUUCCUAUAUCCAGUAUUUUCAUGACUACACUAGAAUGGGUGGUUUUAUGGUUGCAUUUCAUAUCUGUCAGUCAACUUUUUGUACUCACAUUCUGUUACCAAUGUUAUGCUAAACCACAUAUAACUGAUAUAUAAUGUUUUGUAAAUAUUGUACAAUUAGAUCUUUUUUAUGGUUUAAAUUAGUAUUAAUUUAUCUAUAUUAUAUAUAACUUGAUUGGCUGAUCAAAAAAUAUUUCAUCAUUAAACCUGAAAAAUGUUUUUGUUUUUGACCUGCUUUGGGUCUUUGAUCUUAUCCAUUUGUGUGUUAGUUUCAUUUGUUUGUAUGGUUAUCUUCUGAAACUGGAAGGUAAUUGUUUUCUUUAUUUUGUAUUUUUUUUAGGGUAGAUGACAGGGGUUCUUACCCAAGGAGUCAAAAACUAUUUCAUGAGAAAGAGCAAGGUUAUUUGUGACUGUUUCUUAUACACUAAAAGCACAUAGCUGAUCUAAUAGUCUUCUUAUGCUUUUAGUUGUAUGAAUUCCUUCUGUGAAUUGAACACAAAACUCAGGAAUUGGUGGCUUAGUGCUAGAUCACUGCUUUUACUAGGUUUAGUAUGUGGAUCCUUCAAAACACAUAAUUAAACUUUUGUAUUUAGCUAUAAUAUGUAAUUGACUUUGAAUGUUCUUUACAUGAGGUUAACUUUCCUUCACACCUGGAUUCCUAAAAAAUGGUGAUUUACAGUUCCCAGUUGUCUAAAAGCCUCAUAAUGGUUUCUAGGAUUUAAGACCUUAUGACCACUUUUUUUUUUCAUUUGAUCAAAAAUUUUUUCUCACAUGAAAAUUUAGAUGAGUAAUAAUUAUUGACAUGUGCAUUUCUUUUUUAUUUGUUAAAUGUACUAUGCCAGUUGUAUACCAUUUAGUGAGAUGUAGCUGGCCUAAGAAAAGACAAUACCUAGGGUAUGUGAAAUGUUAAGUAAGUUUCAGCAGUAGGCUUUUUUUUUUUGUAUUUUAUGUUACUACUUUUUUGUAUUACUUAGUUAAGUUUCAGCAAUAGUCAUUUUUGUUUGUUUGUUUUAUGUUACUACUUUUUUGUAUUACUUAUAAAGGUACAGUUUAAUUUUUGUCACAGCUCAGUUGGCAACUGCAUUCCAUUUGAAAAAUUGGCCUUGUAAAAAUAUAAACCUCAUUUAUGUAUCCAUGCUUUUGUGCCUUUAAGAAAAUCUUUUGUUAUAUUUGUGUUACAGAAGUAUAAUAGAUUCAAAGUGUUUAUAAGCUUGUCAUAAAAGGGUCAUUUCUGUGUCACUUAAUUUCCUUUUAUAUAGCUAUAACAUAUUUAAACAGUAAUGCUGUACUUUUAUAAGGGUUUGUCUAUAUAUUUUUCACUCUCAGACAUCAUUGAAAUAGACUUGCAGAUUAAUCUGAGUAUUGUAAACAGUGCCUUUUUGAUGGAAUUCACACUGUUUUGGGUGUCAACAUGUGCCAUAUACAUAAAGUUUUUGUGGGAGGCAGUUUUAACUUUUUGAAGAAUAUCUUAGUCAAAUAUUUAAGAAAACAAAUGUAUAAAUAUAAAAUUCCAUUUUUUCCAGUGUUUCAUAUUUGUAGUGAGUGAGCAAUGAAUAUAUUUUUGUUUGUUUGAUGUACAGUGAUGAUGGCAUUAUUGAUAAGCCAUACAUUGACACUGCAGAUUAUUUUGAAUUAUGCUAAAUGUACAGAAAUAAAAUAUCAAACCUAACAUUUUACCAUAUUUUCCAUUUGAACCAAUGGGGGGAAAUCCCCUGGAAAUAAAUAAGUUUACAUUUCAACCUCUAUCUUAUUUGACUAAGGGGAAAAAGAGAUUCUUUAAAAUGUAUACCAGCCACUGUUGUAUAAUUUGGUUUCAUUUUGUUCUGCUUAUAGUGAGUGUAUCAUAUUUAAUUUACUUUUCAUUGCUCUUAUCAUAUUUGUUUGUUUUUGUUACAGUUUUAAAUUGAAGAUGGACUGUUAAAAUUGUAUAGAACCAGUGUCUCGUUAAUAUGAUUCAUAUAUUUAGAAGAGCCACAUGAAACCCAUGACAAAGUGAAUGUGAAUAUACUUUCUAAAAUACUUAGAAAAUUUUAUCUUUCUGCAUUUAUCAUGUAAAAUUAUUUUAGUAUUACAAUAUUGAAAUUUUUCAUUUAAAGAAAAACGGCAUGAAACAUUUGAACUGAUAAGCUACAGUAUAUCAGUUGAAAAUUUAUUCACUUUUUAGCAUGCUAAAUGUAUAUCUAAGUUAUUCAUCUUGUUUAAUGGCCAUUUAUAAAUCCAGGCACUACCACUGGUCAAUUUUGCAUAGUAGAAAAAAAGUAUGUUAUCUGCAGUGUAAGUAUAGAACACUGUCAAAUUCUUUUCCUUAAGGGGCAUAGUAUAUGUACAGAUAGUCAUAGGCUACUGUUUUGUAAUGUAUUACAUUUCCAAUUUGUUAUUCCUGACCUAUAUAUAUGUUUGCAGAGAGGAUAGAAAUGAAUUUUUUAAUUAUCUGUAAAAUUAUGCUAACUUCUACAAGUAGGCAUUAUAAAUAAAAUUUUUAAAAAGAGCAAACUCGCA